UUCAGCUUUAGAGCUUUCGUUUUGCAAACCUGCUCUAAAAGCUUUGAUAAGAUUUGGCAUAUCUUAUUGGGAAUUUCGAAAGUGAUUGAAUCUCAACUCCGGCUUUAGAGCUUUCGUUUUACAAAACCUGUUCUAAAAAGCUUUUUGAUAAGAUUUAGAUGGAACGAAAUAGUGCAUAGCUUCCAAUCAUUGUUCAGACUUUAUCAUCAGAGGCAUGUCGAGGUCUAUCAUUGGUCUGACUUUUUUGAGUCUGUGUCUAAGCCCUGCUCUGUCUGUACUCACACCUGAGAACCAUUGCGAUAAUCACUUCAGAUACGACACGGAAGAUGAUGGAAGGACCCAAAUCGGCAUUUUCACGGCGCCAAAGUUGGACACUUUUAAUUUUAGAUGGAAGGCGACUUUCGAAGUCAAAGGAUCUAGCGCGAUGUUUGUAACCAGAUUGCAAACGUAUCCCAACAAAGAUUUGGCGGUCAUUAAUCUUUUGAAUGGUGAGCCGGCUCAGGCUUUUCUCCGGUUCAUAAAUAUCAACACCGAGCUACCCAAGCUGCACUCUUUGUUUUUGAACGGCAAUGAGCUGUGCUCUAGUCCUAGAUACCCCUUUCCCAAGACUAGUGUUACUUUGAACUAUCAUAUGUUUGUUAACGUUAAAGAAGGCAUGAACUCAACUACGGAAACACCCAUUUUUGAAGACAAUCUAUGAGUAAAGUGACAG